AUGUCGCUCCUCCGAAGAAACUCAAGUCAAGUCCGCCAGCGAAGCGCCGCCGGAUCGUCCUCUGGCCCCUCGGACCGCUCCGGCUCCCGCAUGAGCCUUCUCGUCCAGGUCACCGGCAGGGUCCACUUCGGCAAGGGCAGGGACUCUGUGCGCAAACCCUUUAACGAAGUUUUUGUCCUCGUUCCUAACUGGGAGGCUCUCUCCCGUAACGCUCCCAGGAAUCUCAGGAGAUGGCUCAUCAUGUCGCAAAAUUUCCGCACCCUUUGA